GUUCGUUGUUGGGCAGUAGAGCGAAGCAAACCCUAAUAGACGCGUUCGUCAUCUAAGUAUGAACAACCACAAAAAGACAAUGAUCAUCAGAAUCCUCAAACAUCGCCGAUAGGAUUUUCAAGCGUGCAUCUGCAUUUCCUCAAAAAUUAUCAAAAUAACACCUGGUGGCAAAGACCCGAGAGAACAUAGCAACGAUAAGUAGAUGAAAAGAGAUAAAGGAAUGAUUCACAGAACCACUGAUUUUCGGCCUGAUUCUACGCGAGAGAAAAACCCCCUCUGGCCAUUGGUGUUGAUGGUUCGUGCGAUGACCAAUCGCCACUCUCUUCUGACACGGGCCGGAAUCGCCAUUCUCAUGACUGCAGUUGUAGUACCAAUCACAAGCGUAAGCGCAAAUUGCAACUGUCACGAUUGCGAACUAUCACCGGUUUCCAUCGAAGGUCCUUACUUCAUCGACUUGCACAAGAUCCGUAGCGACGUGCGAGAAAACACCACAGGUGUCAAUCUCGAAUUAAAGUUUCAGAUCGUCGAUAUCGAGACCUGCAGCGGCAUCGGCGGAGCUACCGUUGAAAUCUGGAGUUGCGAUGCACAAGGUUUCUACUCGGGGUACCUCGGAAGAAGCCCGGACGAAGUAGCGACGUCGGCCCGUCACCAGAUGCCGACCGACAACUCAACAUUCCUCCGCGGUGGGCAGGUUAGCGACGACGAGGGGUACGUCAGAUUCCUCACCAAGGUCCCCGGCUACUACGCGGGCCGGGCAAUCCACCUCCAUGUCUUGGUGUCUGUGCUAAAAUGGGACGUGUUCGUUGGUCAAAUGUACAUGCCUGAGGGUAUCAUCGAGCAUAUACUCCAGGAGCCUGCUUAUCAUCGAGAGCCGGACGCGCCCUCUCGCGUGAGAAACGAGGAGGACAUUUAUUUCGUUUCCUCGGGUGGCAAUAUGACGACGUUGCUGCCUACCGUGGCCUAUGAUGGUAGUCUCCAGGCUUCAUGCAGGCUUGGCGUUAAACUUAGAGCUAAGAGAGAAUAUUCCGCCAAUUAA